ACAGCUUCUAGAUCUCUUGUCACGAAACAAUUCAAGUAAAAUUCUUCAUUUAAUGUCGAUCUCGACGAAAGGUCAGUCCGUCUACUAUUAAGCGGGAGCAAAUUAGUUAAGCCUGUGAAAAACGAAAUCUAGGUAUAAGCAAAUUCCACUGUCGUUGUCUUCGUCGGCCUCCUUAACGUCGUCCUUCUCGUGCCGGGUUUGAAAAGAACCUCACGUGUUCUGGACUCGUCUAGCUCACAUGACCCGAGUGUUUGUUCCCGUGAUCAACAUUUCCAUCUCUCAGUGUCACUGAAUAUCACUUUUAAACCCUGAUGGAUAUGCUCGAACAAGGUCUGGAAACCACUGCCAGUCACGAAAAACAAGAGGAAGAGGUUGUCCAAAUAACUGAAGAGAGCGCUGGAGGAGGGGAGCAAGCAGAGGUCACCAUAGCCAGUGUACAGCCAACUCAAGCGUUUGUGGACCACAACAUUCAGUAUCAGUUUCGCACAGAGAACAGUGGUGGACAAGUGACGUAUCGAGUUGUCCAGGUAACAGAUCAGCCACCGGAGGGGGGGGACGAGGGUGGAGGGCCGGUGAGCGUGGUUGCCACGGCGGCGUUUGCAGGAGGCCAGCAGGCUGUCACACAGGCAUUGAUCCAGAACCCAUUCAGUAAUGGGGGCAGCCCUGCAGGAGAAGCUGUUGGAGGGGAAACACGCUUUGCCUAUUUCCCAGCAGCCACUGUGAGCGACGGUACGGCCACAGCUGUGUCGGUUCAGGCCACCCCUGAUCCCUCGAUAACACAGGCUGGGGGUCAGUUCUACGUGAUGAUGACCCCUCCUGACGUCUUGCCAUCGGGCACACAACGCACCAUCGCUCCACGGACUCAUCCAUACACUGCAGAUGAAAUGGACAUCUUGCAACACGAAGGUUUAAAUUGGAAAAUGGACGCGCCUCGCACUCCCAGAGACGAGAGAAGGAGAGCACAACACAACGAAGUGGAGAGGCGAAGGAGGGACAAGAUCAACAACUGGAUUGUCACUCUCUCCAAAAUCAUCCCUGACUGUAACAUGGAAAGCAGCAAGAGUGGAGCGAGUAAAGGAGGAAUCCUGUCGAAAGCGUGCGAUUACAUUCGAGAGCUCAGGCAGAAUAACCAGAGACUGCAGGAGAGCAUUAAAGAGGUGGAGAGGAUCCAGAUGGACAAUGAGCUUCUCAGACAGCAGAUAGAGGAGCUGAAGAGCGAGAACGCUCUUCUCAGAGCACAGCUGCAACAACACGGCAUUGAGAGUGUUACAGAGGCUCCGUCACAGUGAGAGAGCCAGAGAGAGAGAGAGAGCGAGCUGGAAGAACUGUGUGCAGUCCCACAGAACCAAACUCUCUGAGAGAGAGAGAGGGAGAGAGAGCGCAGAGGAAAGAAUAAAAUGAGCAAACUGCCGAAGAAGGCUUCUCUCCAUGGCUUGCUGGCUUCUCUCUCUCACUUUAUAGACUCAGCUUCAGCACCCGCCUGUGGCCGUUGGCCAUAGACAACCCCCCCCCCCCC